GAAAUAUCCGCCUGCCCGAGUAUAAAAGCUGAAGAGGGGAGAGUGAGUUAAGCAGUGGGACGCCCCCCGACAAGACAACGUUGAGCUGCACACAGACAUCCCAACAUGGCCGAUGACUUCAGUCUGCAGGUGAAGAAGGUUACCCUGGCGAUGGGAGCGAGCCUUAGCGACCAGGACAUCGACCGCAUUCCGCGCGAGAUGAGAAUGCAAGGGAACUUCAACUACUCAAAGUUCUUUGAAUACAUGCGGCAAUACAAGACCUCAGAUCAGCAAGAGGAAGUCAUCAAGAAAGCCUUCCAGGUCUUGGACAAAGAUGGCAGUGGAUACAUCGAGUGGAAUGAGAUCAAGUAUAUCCUGUCCACCGUCCCGAGCUCAGUGCCCAUUGUUCCCCUGUCUGAUGAGGAGGCGGAGGCAGUUAUACAGGCGGCUGACGCUGACGGGGAUGGGAGGAUCGAUUUCAGAGAAUUCUCUGACCUGGUCAAAUUGGAGAAGAAACCCAGGAAGUAGUGUGCUGUGGCGUGAGGUCCGGGGGGUGGGUCCGGGGGUGGGGCCAGGGGAGGUAGGGGCUCCAGUGGUGGCUUUGUGGCCAAGCCCCUUUCCACUCUAACUUGCACAUCGGCAGUUAGUUGGUGAGAGAGUGCAGGAAACAGGAAGUGUAUAAUUCAGCGUGCAUGUGUGCAUCCGGUCAGCUUGGUCUGUCUGUCAGUCUGUUUGCUGUGUGUUUAAUCCCUGGAGAGGCCAGGAGUAGAGGAUGGUACACCAGGUGGAAAUGUGUGUUUUCCUUUAUGACAACUUGGAUUUAUUUAAUAUAACAUAAUACCUGUGGCUCAAACAGCAGGUAAAUAAAGGGGAAUGUGCCGCAGGUACACUAUGA